CUGGAGGUGGCAUUGCGGAGUCAGAAUCAGACGAAGAAGACCAGAACCAGCGCAAUGGGAAAGCACCUGCAAUCAACUCGAGGUGCAGUGUUAAGAAGCUUCACGAUUUGCUAGCGUCUUUUGACGAGGAAAAAAACAAUAUGUCGUCGAGAUGGAUUUCGGGGGGCUGCUGCAGCUCCCAAAGAUAACCAGGAUGGAUAGGCAUUUCUUAAUGUCUAUUCUAGGUCAUAUAGACAAGGAAGCAAGUUCUAUCACAAUCGACCACAAGCGCGACGUGCAGUUCUAUGCAGAAGAUGUUCAUACUGUCCUUGGUAUACCUUGUGGAGUUGCGCCUGUUCGGGAUCCAGGGCGUCAUGUUUCAGAGGAGGUGCUCACGUAGAUCAGAGCCAUGUUUGGUAUGGGAUCAGGAGAGCACAGUAUCUUCCCAAUUGUUGAGGCUGUGAAGAAGACAUACGGCCGCCGUAUGACUGUUCAGGAGAAGAACAAGUUCAAAGUGGGGCUAGUUAUAUGUGCAUGCACAUACCUCCUCGCCCCAACACUGAAGAACGACUACUUCUGCACCGAUUACUGGGGCGCUUUGGCCGCGCCUGAUCUCAUACACAUGCACAACUGAUGCAGAUACACAAGAGAACAGUUGCUAGUUGCGGCAAAAAGGGUGAAGGCAGAUCUCUUAGGAGGCCGUCAGAAGUCAAACCUAUCCGGUUGUUUGCCAUUUAUUCAGGUAUUCUAUCUUGAUAACCUAGACGCUGCAGAGAGCAACAUCGACCACACGGUACGACCUAGGGUGAAAGCAUACAGCUACGCUCUUAUGAAAACAAUCAUCUAGAAGGAUGUCAAGUCGCGCAAAGGAGAUUACCCUGUUGUGUAUGGCAGACUGCUGCCGAGGGCAGAAACAGAGGUCUGUUACCAUAGAAACCAUAUGAACAGGAUGCGUGCGGCGGGCACAUCAACAGGACCGGUCCCUGGGCGCAUAGCGGCAUCGAGCUGCAGUUCGAUAGACAUAAAGGAGGCAUCAUAUAUUGUCUUAGACAAAAUAUCAAAGUUCACAUCCAGGUGCGAAGAGGUCCUUCUUUCGACUGCAAGGAAGAAGGAAGAGGAAAAUCACCACCAUUUCAAUGGACUAAAUAGCCUGGAAAAUUCAGCUCAACACACAAUCAAGAGGGAGGCAAAAAGAGUGAGAGACGAGUUCUUUUCCUUCUUCUCAAUUAUCGAGAGGCAAGAUGCCGAGACGAGGACAAGGAGGAGUGAUACAAGUAACAAUGCCAACUCAACGGGAUGCCGUGCGACACCCCCAAUGACAGACACUGCUGCGCCGAAAGCUCGCGAAGCGGCCGAGACACCUCCAGUCAGCGUCAGACAUCGAGGCAACUCUAACAUAUCACCGGAGGUCGUUGAGGUUUCUCCUCGACGAUUUAAGAGGACAUCCAAGAAACCAAAGAAAGUAAGAUUCGAGUGCGAGGCGUCAGAUAUCAUGGACAUCACAGAUUCAGAAGACAAUACAAACGUGGUCAAUUCACCAGUUCCACCAUUUAAUCCUGCCAACACAAUGGGAGAUUGUCACGUUGAAGGCAACUCGCCCAACUGUAACAUCGUUCUAGACAGCCUCAUAAGAGAAGCAGAGAGAUACAACAGGGCAGGCAAGCAGUUUGAUGAGAGUUCUGCCGCAACCAACAAGUCAAUUAUGGACAUUGUACCAGGGACGUCGUCCUCCGACCGCGUCGGGGGCGCGGAUGUUGCAUCAACAUACCCCGUUUGUUGCACUCAAGACCCUAAUUACCACAACAACCGCCAGUGGAACUACCCUGAUGGACACCCACUUCUUGAAGAGACGCCAUCGUUUGACUUGGGCGUCAUCACGCCCCCUUGCAACAAGUCAAAAAGUCCCAGUCUGGUUAGUAUUGCUACCAUGAGGGACAUCACCCGGAGAGACCUUUUUGGCGCGGGCGACUUUGGAAUGAGUACUCCAGGGUCUGCUAACCUCGGGACACCACCAACGCCUUUCCACAUAGCCAGUGCAAGUGUAGACCCAACUCAGCAAUGGCAGCUCGUGUGUGACGUUUCACCAGUUAGUUGCACAAGGUCUGUAGCCACUGGACUCUUGGACUUCAGAGAAGAAGUGGGGGCAGAUUGUGUCAACCUCAACAAGCCAGUAGAGGAAAAUUCACUGUCUACACCGCCACCGAAAAGGAGAGUGGUGCCCGGACCUGCCAGACGAUCGCCUUUUGUGAUGCAGUACCGUCUGUCCGAGAGGGCGUCGGGAAACGCCACCCACUUAUAUCUAGUAUUCUCGCAGAUGAGUGGCGCAGUGUUAAACAACAACUGGGUUGUUAGCCCAUACCCUAGUUACAUAGAACUGAUGGGCGCCAUACUGAAGAAGCAGCUUAGCGUUGGCAGGUUCAUAGAGAUAGAUCUAAUGAAUGUAUUCAUGCGAAGGUUCCGGCAGCUAGAGAAUGUUUGGGCAAGAAAAUACGGUGAUUCAUCCUGGAGGCAUUAUCUGGAGCCGGAAUUCGUGAGCCACGUGUUGUGCGGCGGUGAUUUCAUUCGUCACGACUACGUAAGGAACAUUUUUGUUGGCCACCAUAUCUCCCACGAUGUCAACAGAUGCCCUAUGAUGGUUUUGCCAGUGCACCACACACACGCCUGGUCUACAUACAUCUUUGAUUUCCCGAGGAGGAGAACAACAAUUCUCGACCCUAUGAUAAACAACGGAGACAGGCCGGCAGACGAACUCCGAAAUGAGCACAUAAAGAUAGCUGACGAGCUACGCGCUGCGCUAAUGGUUUGCAUAGCCGAAUACUUUGAUGGCUGGACGCCCAAGACCAAAGGGUGGCAGAAUUGGUUCCCAAAGCUGACCACAGGCCCUUGGGUCUGCACCCGUGCAUCCAGCGGGGUCGUUGCACUACAUUACGCAAGGCAGUGGAUGGGGACAAAGUUACAGAGGACACUAUCGCCAGGGAUGAGUUCGACCAAUCUAGGAUGAUCCUGCUUUAUGAAGUCUUGGGCCUAGCUGGCAACAUUGGGCAACUACCAGCGAAAUUCAAAAUCUGCCAGACAGAUUGCUGAGGAAGCGAGCAAAGUGGCAUGUUCGCUGCAAAGCUACUCUCAUGAGACACUGGUGUGUCCUACUGGAAAUGUGGUGUUCAGCAAAAACCCAGCAGAGAGCAAAGUGCGGCAAUCACCAUGACCGAAUUUAGUUCCCGACAAACCUGCUUUUUGCCAAAGAGACAGUGUUUCUUACGCAUUCGGAAGCUCUUUUUUUUCCAUUCAACUCUGCUCUAAACAGAGAUUCUAUCUAGCGCUCUAACGAUGUAGUUUAGUUGGAAAUGUUUC